AUGGCUCUCGAAAUAGUCUCUCUCGAACACCUGCCAAACUCGCACAAGGUCUACGUUGCCCUGUUCCGUGACGUACAGAAUGCGGCCUUUUUGCACCAGCAGCUGCUUGCUCGGAACCCCCAGUUCGAGUACGCCUUCAUCGAUGCCUCAGUGAUUGCUGAUGCCUAUCGUCGAUAUGGUAUCUCUCCUUCUACCAAAGACCUCAUCGUUGUCAAGGUCACAUUCCCUGGAGAUGAUGGUGCUGAGCCCUUGACGCAUGACCAGAUCUGGGAGCAUCUCAAGACCAAUAUUGAAGGAGAGGCUUUAUCCAUCACAGAUGACCAAAUCUCCACCACCACUGACGUACCAAAGGUGCGCAAGUACUACAAGUUGAACGGACUCAAGUGGUUAGACGAUAUUAAAGAUGAAAAGGUCAAGCAGAAGGAGAUGGAGUCACUCGUCAUCGGCGCAAUGGCUCUAAGGGGUGUCUGA